AAAGUUCAUUAUCUUUCCUUUCAUGGAGUCCAAGAGAAAUCAAAUCUGUAACGAUGAAGACAUUUUGUCAACCCUUGAGAAACGAGCAGGUUUGAAUCUAUUCAACCACGAUCUCGUUGAGUACCAAGGUUUUUGGUACCCAGACAUGGCGGUAGUGACGCGUACCUUGUCAGCUCAACGACAAUUCCAAGCUCAAUCUUCCGACGUCUUUCUUUGUAGCGCUCCGAAAACCGGCACAACCUGGCUGAAGGCCCUUUCUUUCGCCAUCGUCUCGAGAACCACCGUCGUCGACGACGGUUCCACCGCCGCAAACCCUUUUCAUUCCAAGUUGCCACAUGGAUGUCUCCCCCUUUUGGAGAUCUCCGUAACCAACCGUGAUCCCAACAACCCUUUAAUAGCCACCCAUCUCCCCUUCUCUUCUCUUCCGGAAUCCGUGUCCGGUUGUAGAAUCGUCUACGUUUGUAGAGACCCAAAGGAUACCUUUGUUUCAAUGUAUCACUUCCUGGCAAAACUCGCAACGUCGAGAAACAUGGAACCAGUCCAUUUGGACAAGGCAUUCGAGCUUUUCUGCAAUGGAGAAUCAUUCUACGGACCGUAUUGGGAUCAUGUUUUAGGGUAUUGGAAUGCAAGUUUGGAACAGCCGGACAGAAUCUUGUUCUUGAAAUACGAAGAGAUGAUGGAAGAUGCAUGUUUUUACACCAAGAAAUUAGCUGAGUUCAUGGGCUAUGGAUUCACACUAGAGGAAGAGAAGAAAGGAAUGGUUGAGAAGAUCGUGGAAAUGUGUAGCUUCGAGAAUUUAAGGAAUCUGGAAGUGAACAAGGAUGGAAAGGUUGGGAAGAACGGCCCAUGGGAGAUGAAGAAUAAUCUCUUCUUUCGCGAAGGAAGAAUCAGAGACUGGGAAAAUCACUUGACGCCGGACAUGGCUAAACACAUGGAUUUCAUUACUCACAGCAAAUUAAGUGGUUCGGAUCUAAAUCUACUCUAUCAUAAAAAAUAAUUAUUGUA